AUGCCUCCUAAGCGAAUCCGUUGCACCGCCGCCACUUGCCGCGAGCCUGCUCAGCGCAUCGUCGGCGACUGCACCUUUUGCCAAGGCCACUUCUGCGGCAAGCACCGUCUACUAGAAGACCACAAGUGCACUGGUCUCGAGGAUUGUAAGAAGCAGUCUCACGAGCGCAACGCUGCACAACUCGAGGCCGAGCGAACCCAGGUUAUCCGGGGCGUGUAA